AUGCCUAAGGCUAAGAAGAAAUUUAUAGAUCGAAAAAAGGCUGUUACUUUCAACUUGGUACACCGAUCUCAAAGGGAUCCUCUUGUAGCAGAUGAGAGUGCACCUCAACGUGUUCUUGUUCCAGUUAAUGCUGUCGUACCACCAAGGAAAGAAAAAGAGCCCGAUUUGACUUUAGAACAGAGAAAAGAGGAGCAACGUAAAUAUGGCAUCUAUUUUGAUGAUGAUUACAACUAUCUACAGCAUCUCAAGGACACCAAGGAAGUCACUAUGGUCUUACAACCGAAGGCCACACAUAAGAAAAAAGAGAAGACUGUAACAAAAAUAGACGACACAAAAGAUAUAUCUGAAACACUCACCCUACCAAGUUCAGUGUUUGCUUCUGAAGUUGAGGAAGAUGUUGGUCUAUUAAACAAAGCCGCCUCACAAGGUUUAUGCCUUGAUUUGGACCCCGAAGUUGUAGCUGCUCUAGAUGACGACUUUGAUUUUGAUGAUCCUGACAACCAACUUGAAGACAACUUCAUUGAAAUGGCCAUGGGUGAAGGUAGUUCCAGUGAAUAUGAAGAUACUGAAAGUAUGUCUGGUGAUGAAGAUACGGAAAAAGCGUUCGCUUCUGAAUUCGACUCAGAUGAUGACACUGAUUCACAGGGACGUGGGAGACCCAAGAUGCCGUCAUGGACCGAUCGCGACAAAGAUGAUACAAAAUCACGUUUCUCACAAUACUCCAUGUCUUCCAGCGUGAUUAGACGGAAUGAAGGUCUUUCUUUGCUGGAUAACAGAUUUGAAAAGAUGUUCGCGGAAUAUGACGAUACAGAGCUUGGAGCGCUUGAUCUGGAAGAGAUCGAAGGUUUUCUGCCAGACACGCACGAUAUGCUGCUAAAAGCCGCCGAAGAGUUUGAGGAAUCGCAGAUGCGUUACAAACUCGACAAGGAGAUAGAGAUCGCGAGAAUGCAACGUCUACAAGAGAUAGAGGAAGAAUCGGAAGAGGAACUUGUGGAGGUGGAAGUUGAACCGAAAGAGAGAUGGGACUGCGAGACAAUAUUGUCCACAUACUCCAACCUGUAUAACCAUCCGAAGCUCAUCGAGGAACCUAAGAAACCGAAGAAAAUAGCAAUUAAUCCAAAAACUGGUAUUCCAAAAGACACUCUCGGCAAGGACAACAAGCUUACGAUCAAAUCACUGGCAAAAUUCAACGCUCAGAAUGAAGAGCUUCGAGAAGGUUCCGAUGAAGAUGGCCGCACGCAAGCAGAGUCUGUUUUAUCCACCCUCAGUGUACUUUCCAUAAGACCAAAAGAUGAAUCGCCAGAAGAGAAAAAGGAAAGAAAACGCCUCCUCAAAGAAUACCGGCGGGAGAGGAGAGUAGAGAAGAAGGCAAACAAAGAAGCAUUUAAGGAAGAAAAGAAACGUCAAGAGAAGAUUAUGUUAAAUAACAGAAACAAUGUUCAAGGCAACAAAAUAUUUUAG